AUGGUGAAAGCAAUAAAAGGAGCACUGCUGGAGUGCGAUCCCUCUGUCAAGCAAAUAAUAAUCAGGCUGAACAGAGAGCACAAUUUUAUAAUACAGGAGAUAGACGACAAUACUCUGUUCGUGGAUGUGAAGUACUUGAAAAAGAUAGAAGAAGAAACAGAGAGAAUGCUGAACCACAUUGUAAAGAAGAACUUUGAAUAG